GCAAAGGCAUGGGGAAAAUUGUUGCUGCAAUCGACAUCGGAAGCAUGUGGAUGGGUUUUGCUUAUUCUUUGAAAGAUGAUUGGAAGAGAGUGUUGUCUGGGGCUUCCGAGGAGCUAAUGCCAUACAAAGUCCCGACUUGUAUUUUAUUACAGAAGGACUUUUCGACAUCUUGGAUUGGAUACGAGGCAGAGGACAAAUAUGCAGAGUUGAUAUCAAAAGACAAUCAUCAUGACUACUUCUUCUUUAAAAGAUUUCAUUCGAUUCUUCAUCAAAAUUCCGACCUAAAUCAAUGUUAUGACAUUGAAAGUCAAACUCUUGACGCAGGCGUGGUCUUUGAACAUUGCAUCAAGUGCCUCAAAGAACAUUUGACUCGGACAUUAGAAAAGAAUAGCAUUGGCUAUCAGAAUGACGACAUUGGGUACAUAUUAACAGUGCCAUUGACUUGUGGAGAAAAAGGCAAAAAUUUUAUGAGAAACGCCGCGAUAAAGGCAGGAAUCAUAGAAAAACAUCUAACUAUAGUUUUCGAACAUGAAGCAGCAUCAGUCUAUUGCAAGAACUUUGUUUAUCCAUCAUUCGGUGAAAUAAAAACAGGAUUAAAAUAUCUGAUACAUGUAGCAGAUCUUGGAGGAGAGAUGGCAGAUAUAACGAUGCUUAAGACAGAUGAGAACAAUAUUGUGGAGGAAGUUAUUACAACUUGUACAGGCCCAUGGGGAGGAAAAUCUGUGGAUGAUCAGUUUGAGAAGUUUUUAUCAGAAUUGGUGGAAGAGAAGGUGUGGGAGACCUUCAAAAGGAAACAUACUGAUGAUUUUUUAAAAAUCAUGAAAAAUUUUGAAACCAACAAACACACAUUCCAACCAAACACGAGUGGAAGUAUUCAAAUUUUAAUACCACAAGCACUUGUGAAAUUAAGCAUUGAGUCUCAAGGAGUCAAAACUUUCAAAGAAAUUGUAAAGAAAAAUGAUAAUGCACAUAAAAAAAAAGUGGACUUCGCCUCAGGCAAACUUGUCAUAAGUGACGAAAUUUUUAAGGUCUUUUAUGAGAAAUCAAUUAAUGCAAUUUCAAAAAGCAUUGGCGAAAUAAUGCACGAAAAUGAAGGUAGCGAAGUUAAAACUAUUUUUUUAACUGGCGGGUUAUCUGAAUGUCUGAUUGUACAGGAGUCCAUCAAGAAAAAAAAUUGGAAUGCUACUAUAAUUGUCCCUGAUGACGCUGGAUUGGCUGUCUUGAAGGGUGCUGUGUAUAUAGGACACUUUCCUGAUGCGUUAUCAUUGAAUCCAACAAUGUAUACACCCGGGAGUAAGAAAACUCUGAAGGUCCCCGAUACUACACGACAAAUGGUAAAUUUCAUCUUUGAUUCGCCUCAAAUUUCUUUAUCACUACUUCGUCGGCUAUUUUCCGUUUGUAUGUCAUUCUGAAACAUUUCAAAAUAAUGAACCUCCCGGAGUCCAAUUUUAACCAUACUUUGAACAAACCGUAUUGGUUUUAAGUUUAUUUAGGCAAAAAGGAUAUAUAUAUUUUCAUUUUAAAAUCUUCAGAAGCUAUAUGAAGAUAUAUAUAACUUCUGAAGAUUUUAAAAUGAUAAAAUGAAAGCGCUUAAGCUUAUUGAACUUUUUUCGUGUUUUCUUUUUUACUUUUUA